UCCAGCCCUUCCACGCUGCUAUUACGUUCCGUUCGCGAGCAGAAGCUGGCUGCGGUGUCGUUUUCUCCGAUCAGUCGGACCUUGAUCAAUCUUUUCAACUGUCAUUGUUCUCGGGUUUUACGCAUUUGAUUGCAUUUGGAAUAGCUUGGAUUCGUGUGUGACCGUCGAUUCCACCAUUUUUUCGAACGAAUUGGCUCUGAAGCAAUGGAUUGACUUCAGUUUUCCUUCAACCCCUCCACCAAGUUGAGAAAACAGUCUAACCUGCGGUCUCUCCAUACUUCGAGCUCACAAGCCAGCUACAUGUUUCAUCCGGACAGUUUCAAAAGUAGCUGGUACCGGAUGUUUUUAAACAUUUCAUAGAUGAAACAUUGAUGUUCUUCGUUUGUCUCGGAAGUGUAUGGAAAUAGGUGGCAGAGGAUUUUAAACACGGAUUUUCUCCGGGGUUCUUGAAGCCUGCAAACAUUUAUUUUUGAAAAGUGAUGGCGGAGCGGGGAGCAAGGUUGCUCCUCUCUCUCCUCUGUCUCACCUUUCUUUACCCGGCGACCACCGUGUCAAGACAUGCUGAAAAAGGCACGGCGGCGCGGCCCUUCAGCCCCUUCUGGUUCUCGGUGGAGCCGUGGGACACACUGGCUGUGAGAGGUGCCCCAGCACUGCUCAACUGCUCAGCACACAGCGGGGACCCUGCCUCGGAGCCCACUGCGCCCCAGGCCCGUGUGGAGUGGAAGAAGGAUGGAACCUUCCUGAGCCUGGCGCCAGACGACGGGCGGCGGCGUGUUCUGCCCGACGGCUCGCUGCUCAUCUCUAGCGUGGUGCACUCCAAGCACAACAAGCCCGACGAGGGCACGUACCAGUGUGUGGCCACCAUCGACAGCCUGGGAACCAUCGCCAGCCGCACCGCCCGCCUCACCGUGGCAGGUAGGACCCAUACACAGAACAUAUCAUACUGGGUUCUAUGUCAUUCUCUGGGCUGA